AUGGAAAAUAUUCAGGGUGGAACUAAAAUACUAGCAUCCAUGGACCCCAAUCAACGCCCAGCUCGAAGGCAACGGACAGUUGCCCCCAAAUUAACAGCACCAUCUCCCCUGAAGAAGCAAUCCGACUAUCACCUCGUCGCCCCUCUAAAGGCUGCUGCCACAAAAUCGCUAGUCCCGUCGGCACUUGCCGGUCCAUCUAAAAGGUCACAAAAUACAGGUGCACCAAAGACACCCAAGCAAACAAGCAAAGAACGGAACAAGAAGUUCCUCUGCGCUACCCCGCCCACAGUGCUCCAGGAUACUAGAGGGAAGACCGAGUAUGGUCGAGGGCGCCAACUCGGCGAAGGGGGUUUCGCAAGAUGUUUUUUGGUACAGAACAAGGAGGGCGGGUUGUUCGCUGCAAAGACUGUAGCUAAGAAGAGUUUGCAGAGCCAGAAGAAAAGAGCAAAGUUCUUCGGGGAGAUUCAAGUCCAUAAAACUAUGAUCCAUCCUAACAUCGUCAAAUUUAUAGAGUGCUUCGAGGACCCGGAUAAUAUCUACAUGAUUCUCGAACUCUGCCCUAACAAAUCCCUGAUGGACAUGUUACGCGCUCGGAAAAGGUUUACAGAACCCGAGACACGUUUCUUCGUUUUACAACUUCUAGGAGCUUUGAAAUACAUGCAUGGAAAAAGAGUCAUCCAUCGUGACCUGAAACUUGGAAAUAUUUUCCUAGAUGAGAACAUGAACGUUAAGCUUGGAGAUUUUGGUUUAGCAGCCCUCUUGGUUGAUGAAAACGAUCGCAAAAAAACGAUCUGCGGAACGCCAAACUAUAUUGCCCCAGAGGUUUUGUUUGGGGGUGGAAAAGAAGGUCAAGGACAUAGUUUUGAGGUAGACCUUUGGGGUGUUGGAGUUAUUAUGUAUGCCAUGCUCGUUGGGAGAACCCCAUUUCAAGCCAACGACGUGGAUUCUAUCUAUAGAAAAAUCCGGCAUAACACCUUCACAUGGCCAGAAGAUGUACCUGUGAGCUCCGCAGCAAAAUCGCUUGUAAACUCCAUUUUGGAACACGACCCGGAGGCUCGUCCUUCGCUAGACGAUGUUGCAAACCACCGAUUCUUCAAAUCUGGAUUCUUCCCCAGGUCUAUUCCGUCGAGUGCAACCAAACAGGAGCCUAUAUGGCGAGGAACAACCGGGCAAGGCGUAGGGACUCUAACUACAAACCGAGAGGACUGGAUCAGAAACUACGAGGAGGUUGCUAGGAUUUGUGGAAUUGGGAAGAUAUCUGAGGGGCGGUACAGUCCCGUGGGUGACCAUCCUGGAGAAGUUGUGGAUCUUUUGACACUUCCCACCUCCAGGCCGGCAUCCGCCGCUUCAAAUCAAAACAACAAAGUCCCAGAGAAAGUAGAAGCCGUGGAAGAAGAAGAUGUCGAAGGAAAAAAAAUGUCAAUAAAAGAGAAGGCGUAUCUCCUCCCCGAAACAUUGAGUCCCAGAGACGGACAUGCUCGAAUGAGAGGUGUGGGUGUUUUAAAGAAAAUUCCAAGCAUUCUAGGGCCUUCGAGAGGCGGACUCUUGGGAUCGGGGUCUAUUGCGGCGCAAAAGCCAAUGGAUGACGUCGAGGAAGAGGACGAGGAGGUGGAGGAGGAAGAAGAGGUGAGUGAGGACGAAGAGCCCGCACGUCCUCCACCCAGGCAAUUGCGACAGCAACCAAUACGUAGAAGUGCGGCUAUUGCUGCCGCUGCAACUGCUGCGACUACUUCAACGGUAAAUGCCAAAGCACCCGCGCCCGCGCCCGCGCCCGCGCCAGCACCAGCACCAGCACCAGCACCAGCACCAGCACCAGCACCAGCACCAGCACCAGCACCAGCAACAGCACCAACCAGGAGUGUAUUUCCAGCAAGAAGAGGAUUGGUGAGAUCCCAUGCCGCGGAGAUGCGUGCUGUCUGCGCAGGUCUAGAGGCAGAUAAACCUGUACCACCACCACCACCACCACCACCGGCUAUGGCUGCACUUCCCAAAAAGCAAACGACUCUAGAAGCGCGGCCCGAACGACCAGUGUCAUCCGCAGAAUUGCGAGAGAAGACUCCAAAAGAAGACGUAAAGGAGCCGGCCUCGGAAAGCACCGGUCCGGUAAUCCCCUUUACGCCAGUUCUUAACUCCAAGAUUGGCAAUUCCAUCCCUUCCACUACAACGUCCGCAAUAAUUGCAUCGCUGCAACCUUAUAUUCAGAAUUUUAGCGCCUUCACGGCCGGGAAGCUGCAUCUUCUCCCCCCCCAACCUCCGGCUACUAUCGAGGCUGUCAGAUCAUUUAAAAGGGGCGAAAAGAACUCCAGUUUAUUUAUCACCAAGUGGGUGGACUACACAAACAAGUAUGGGGUUGCUUACAUUCUUACUGAUGGUACCUGUGUCGCCAUGUAUAACGACAACACAUCGUUGGUUGUAGACAGUGUCGGCGGACAAAGAGUGGAAUUUAUCACUCAGUCAAUUGUCGACACUCCUACGGGUCGAAGAAAUAAUAAACAAGAAGUGACUUACAGGAGAUUAUCAACUACGAUGACAAUAAUGAACCAGAAAAAGAAGUCGAGCAGAGGUUUGGCGAGCAAAGUUACAAUGUGGAAACGGUUUGGAAAUUAUAUGAAAACAAAUCUUGGAUCGGAAGCAGAAUGGUCUUUCACAAGGGAAUGGGAUCACAGCGAGCAAAGCGCACAUGAUCCCGAAGGAGGUAUGGUAUUUGUUACACAUUAUGCCAGAUUAAGACGAUGUGCUAUGUUCCGUUUCUCGGAUGGUGGCUUUCAGCUUAACUUUAUCGACCACUCAAAAUUGAUGGUCUCAUCUGGGGGGAGAACGCUCAGAAUGAUCACCAAGCAUCAUCAAUUUAUCGUCAUGUCCCUCGAAGAAGCACAUAGAGAGGUGUUUAUUGUUAGAAAUAGAGUACUCUUGGAGUUUGGAUUAAGGGAGAAGUUGGAGUAUCUCAGCGAAAUAUUCACCAGCUGGACGCACACAGGGAAAUUCCCUAGAGAUUAUGAUGUUAUCGAGGGAAAACCUUUAAUUGUACUGGGAGAGGCGUAA